CACCCGGGUUUAAACCCGACUCGAGAACCCCCAAAUUAAGAAAAUUAUCUUGCGUUCAUAGCAGGGUUGAAAAGUUCCGGUUUGCAUGUAAGGACAAGAGUCCACCGAGCCAACAAUGGCGAACAAUGCAGAGGAUAUCGAAAACAAUAUGCAGAACCAACAGGAGGCUAACAGAUCCCCAGAUUCCACCCAGAAACCACAAGAAACUGGUGUGCCCAGAGCGCGGUCCAGAGGAGGUUCAGCAGCUGGUGCUGGAGCUGGAACUGGAGGAGGAGGUGAUAGUGGCGGUGGAGGAGGUGGCAAUGGCACCAGCCCGGAGCAGAAUGGGCAGCCCCCCGCUGCUCCCGCUCCAAGAGUGGUGGAAAGAGAGGAGGAGGAUGAGGAGGAGCUGACUUUGAAAUACGGGGCCAAGCAUGUCAUCAUGCUUUUUGUCCCAGUGACGCUUUGCAUGGUGGUCGUCGUGGCAACCAUAAAAUCUGUCAGCUUCUACACCCAGAAUGACGGGCAGAGAUUGAUCUACACACCAUUCCCUGAAGACACAGACACAGUAGGACAGAGAGCCCUCAACUCCAUUCUGAAUGCCACCAUCAUGAUCACUGUAAUCAUCGUUAUGACUUUGGUGCUGGUGAUGUUAUACAAGUACCGCUGCUACAAGGUGAUCCAAGGCUGGCUCUUCCUUUCCUCUCUCCUCCUGCUCUUCUUCUUCUCCUACAUCUACCUCAAAGAGGUUUUUAAGACCUACAAUCUGGCCAUGGACUACGUAACCCUAGCGAUAAUAAUCUGGAAUUUCGGAGUGGUGGGGAUGAUGUGUAUUCAUUGGAAGGGACCUCUGCGGCUCCAGCAGGCCUACCUCAUCAUGAUCAGCGCCCUGAUGGCCCUGGUUUUCAUCAAGUACCUGCCAGAGUGGACUGCCUGGCUCAUAUUAGCUGUCAUAUCUGUCUACGAUCUGUUGGCAGUGCUCUGUCCCAAAGGGCCUCUGAGGAUCCUGGUGGAGACUGCUCAAGAGAGAAAUGAGCCCAUCUUUCCAGCUCUCAUCUAUUCUUCUACGAUGGUGUGGCUCGUCAACAUGGCGGACACAGACAGGCCAAAUAGGAACUCGACAGAAGCAGCUUCGCCUCAACAAGAGCCUCAAGAAGCACCAGUGGCAUCUCCGGUCCCAUCGAGUCCGUCACAGGAUGAUGGAGGUUUCAACCAGUCCUGGGUCAGCCAGCAGGAGCAUCGACUGGGGCCGCUCCAGUCCACCGAGGAGACCAGACGGGAAAUCCAGCAGAUGCCCUCAGCGCGUCCUCCUGUUGAAGAGGACGAUGAGGAGAGGGGUGUCAAGCUGGGACUCGGAGACUUCAUCUUCUACAGCAUGCUGGUGGGAAAAGCCUCAGCCACGGCCAGCGGCGACUGGAACACCACCCUCGCCUGCUUCGUAGCCAUCCUCAUUGGCUUAUGUCUGACUCUGCUCCUCCUCGCCAUCUUCAAGAAAGCACUCCCCGCUCUGCCCAUCUCCAUUUUUUUCGGCCUCGUCUUCUAUUUCGCCACAGAUAACUUGGUACGGCCCUUCAUGGACAAGCUGGCGCUACACCAGUUCUACAUUUAGCAGGACGCUGCCCUGAUAACCCUCACCCACAUAGCUCUCCGGCCAACAACAUGAGAGCAGCUCCUUCACAGCCGGGGAACAAAGAGCGAUGCUGGGGCCCCUCCCGCCCCCACAUCCCCUCCUAAGAGCUCAUGAUGCUGGGACACAAGUUGUUUUUUCUCUGCCUUUUUUUCUGGCACCGAAGGAGCGUAUUCUCCACAACAGCUGUUCUUAAACCUUUGUAUUUCUGUGUUAAACCAAGAAGCGACGCUUCUCGCUCGGCUUGGGAUCUCAUCUUCAGUUCGUUCGCUGAUCAACAGCUUCAGGCGCAGUCCAAACCCAGUGGGAAGCUUUUACUUUUAUUUAUCCAGGGAAGCUUUACAAGAGCUCAUCCGCUCCUUUCUCAGCAGUGCCCAUUUUUUUUCUUUUUUUUGCAUACACACAGACCCCCCCCCACACACACAC